AUGGAAGAAUAUGAAUUUAUUAUUUAUAAUCAGAUUCAUAUCAUCUUAGUAUUUCUUGGCUUAUGGUUUUCAUAUUGUUGGUGGCUUGCUGAACAAUAUCGUUUUAAUUUUGGUCGAUAUACAACAAUUCUACGUUUAUUAUUUUGUAUAAUACAUGUAUUAGCAGUAUGGACAUUUUUUCAAUAUAUUAUUAAAUUUGCUGUUCGUUUGUAUCAUUUUAGUAGACGCUUACGAGCUGUUGUAACAGAUCAUUUAAUUAUGAUUGCAUUAUCAUUUGUAUUAUUUUUAUUAUUAACAUUUGUUCUUAAUUUUAAAGAUUUUUUAAGCGAUGCUUUUGCAAUAGUAGAUUAA